GACAGUGACAGACCAAUUCAAAACAAUUUUGUACGCAUCAACACCAUUCAUUCGUAUUUUCCUUGGUUAUAAAUCUGCAUUUAUAAUAUUCUUAGUGAAUACCAAUUAUAAGCUACUUUGAAAGACAAGAAACAAAAUGGACGCAGUGAAAACUCAGAAGAUUAAAUCGAACGCACCCGAUGUUGCGAUCACAGCAGUGUUGGGUCCAAGUCAGGAAUUACCUGCAGAAACUCCAACCGUAGCUGGGUACGACUGGGAAAAUGGUACAGAUUAUAAUAAAAUACUCGAAAGUUAUACUCGAACUGGUUUCCAAGCGACCAGUUUCGGUAAAGCGGUCGCAGAAAUCAAUAACAUGCUCAAAUGUCGUUCAAUACCAUUAACGGAAGAGACCUGCGACCCUCACGAAGAAGAUAUAUUUAUUAAGAAGAAGACUAAUUGCACUAUUUUCUUAGGAUUCACUUCCAACAUGAUUUCUUCCGGUUUACGAGAUACUAUACGGUUUCUAGUAAAAAAUAAGCUUGUUGAUUGUAUUGUUACUACAGCUGGCGGGGUAGAGGAAGAUCUUAUAAAAUGCUUAGCACCUACAUAUAUAGGAGAUUUUAAUUUGAGCGGAAAGAUAUUACGAUCUCGUGGAAUCAAUAGGAUUGGCAAUUUAUUAGUUCCGAAUGAUAAUUAUUGUUUAUUCGAAGAAUGGGUUACACCAUUACUCGAUGAAAUGUUAGAAGAGCAAGUCAGAGAAAAUGUUGUUUGGUCACCAUCAAGAAUUAUAGCUAGGUUAGGUGAAAAAAUCAAUGAUGAGAAAUCAGUUUGCUAUUGGGCUUGGAAGAAUAAUAUACCUAUCUUUAGUCCCGCUUUAACUGAUGGUUCAUUAGGUGAUAUGAUGUAUUUUCACUCUUAUAAACGUCCUGGCCUUAUAAUUGAUAUACUCGGAGACUUACGGAGACUCAAUACAAUGGCUGUGAAAGCAAAUAAUACUGGUAUGAUUAUUUUGGGUGGUGGAGUUAUAAAGCAUCACAUUUGUAAUGCUAACUUAAUGAGAAAUGGUGCUGAUUUUGCUGUAUAUGUUAACACAUCUUGUGAAUAUGACGGUAGUGAUGCAGGGGCUAGACCAGAUGAAGCAGUCUCUUGGGGAAAAAUCAGAGUUAAUGCAACUCCGGUGAAGCUAUAUGCAGAUGCAACUUUAGUGUUUCCAUUACUUGUUGCUCAGACAUUUGCUAAACAUCAUUUUAGCAAUAAAAAGAAUGUUUAAUAAUUA